AUGGCAGCCAAACUCCUUCGAGCUUUUGAUGUCGCCAGCUCCGACGCCAGGGAGCAAAUUAUCCUUGGUAUUGCUGAGCGCCUGAGUGAUGACGAGCUUCAAUGCUUCCAAACCGCUCUUCAACGGUUGGAGCGUAGAUUUGACGUUCUCUGCGGCGUCUCCAAGUCCUCUGGGGCCAAUUUGCCACACGAGAUCCAGCUUCAGAUCGUCGACCUGCUCGACAUUACAGACAUCUACUACUGCACCAAUGUCUGCCGCAGAUGGAGAGGUCUGCUCCUGCAGUGCGAGCAGUUGACCGAUGACCUGCUAAAGAAGUUUACGUGCGGAUUCCUCAAGGGGUCCGAUGGAAUUUUCCCCGUGGAUCGCGUCGAGGGCCUUCAGCGAGGCCGCACAUUCCAGGACCUCACCUGCUCUGCAUCCCGACACAUCCCGCCACCGGUUUCUGCAACGGCACGGAUCGAGGCGCUCCGCCAAGCCGGACCAGCAUCUAGAUUAGGAUUUCCGACCUCAGGCCCUACCGUGAGCAAGUAUCUCUACGCUGAUGGCCGCCUUGCUUGGCAAUUGUCGCCGGCCCCUGGCGAAUGGGUGAACUCGAUACUCGUGCACGAUUUUCAUGCACAUAGGCGGUGGGAUCUUUCUCUGCCCUCUAUGCGGACCCAAGGAAUCAAGUUGGCACUCUGGGCACUUGGACGAGACCUUGUGGUGGCUAGAGUUGUUGGGGAACGAGUUUUAUACGCGUGGGACUUGACGUCACAUGCCUUUGAUCGGGUUACUCUGCAGAACCCACCACACAGAUGUUUCACACGGUAUCGAUCUGUAGUCGUCGUGACACAGAGUGGCGAGCUGCUGCUUUGGUCUUUUGGUCACGGUCUUGCCAAUAUCGAUGUGGCCAUGCCGCAGGACGAAGGCGAAUAUCGAGGGCCCGCAAAGCCCGAACGCACUCCUAGAGAGCCUUUAUCAGCUUACGAGAUACAGAAUUCGAGAGUCAUGUUCCAUCCCAGGGACGAAGAUGUGUUCUUCAUGGCCACAUUUAACGAAAGAGCUUUCGACCCUGACAUUUUUCUCCUCCUCUGGGUGUGCGAGUUCAGGAACAAACGGUGUUGUCGAAUAUUCACCUACAGGGUUCCACCUGACAGACGCCACUGGAUAGUUUUCGGCGCUCACAGGGUUGAUGCACACGGCACAUACCAGCUACUGGAGCAGGAAAACCAUCUCGAUGGUGGUGUCCAAGUCAGCGGCGUUACGUUCAACACUAUUAGCAAAUCAUUCGGAGAUCUAAGGUUCGAAGCACCGAUGAACGCCAACCGAGACAUCUCCUUAGUCUGGAACAAUCACUUGGUACUCGGGCAGGCCAGCCCAGAGAAGUUAAGAGUGCGACCCUGCCCCCUUGUGGCAUUAGGGCGACCUCCAAAUCCUCGCGGGCGUGGAGCAGGCUCAGACAUUGUAUUCAAGAGCCAAACGCCCGAAAGGGCCCUAGAAAGUGUUAUGACGUCUGUGUCGCCGGAAUUGAUCGACAAAAACGCGCCCCGAGCUGCGAUCGAAGCAUCGGAACAGGGAAACCCGAAGUAUGAUGUUAUCCGCGCUCCUGAUGUCUCUCCUUCGACGUCGUGCAUUGGUGCCGGCAUUGGUCUGCGCUACAUGUUGUCCUUCUUUGGCGGCCACUGUAAUUGGGAAGGAUUCCACGCCAGGGACUGUCCAAGAUCGUCGGGUCUACAGCCGUCUGAUGGACACUUGUAUCCUAUUAAUUACUUCGCUCAGGACGAUUUGUCAGGUGACUGGGGCGGCCAUUCAUUGGCAAUUUUUGGUGACGACGAUUUUUUGGUUGUCGUCAACAGCAAAAAGUACUACACCGUCUUCGCUGUGGACGAAUACGGUAAGAUAGCAGGGACAAUACGAGAUGGUGUCUCGGACAACGCAGAAGGAAUGUCUCAAGAGGCUCCCCAGGUCACGGGUUCGUAA